CCUUACUACAACACUGUCGCCGACGUACACGUCAAACCUGAGCGUCUUCGUGAUGUCCAGUUCUUCCGCCUUUUAAUGAAUCCACAGUAACAAACUAGCUUUCGCUGUCUAGAGAGAAAACGUUACCGUAACAGGAUGAGCAGUGAAAAAUACCCCAAGUCUUCUAUUGAAGACGACUUUAACUACGGGACUAAUGUUGCUACGGCCAGUGUCCAGAUCCGGAUGGACUUCCUCAGGAAGGUGUACACCCUCCUGAGCUUGCAGAUCAUCUUAACCACAGCCACCUCGGCUCUCUUCAUGUUUUCUCAAAGCAUCAAAGAUUUUGUCCAUGGCAGUCCUGCUGUGGUUUUGGUUUCUGCUCUGCUCUCUCUGGUUCUUCUGCUGGCCCUGGCAGUUUACAGGCACCAACAUCCAGUCAACCUCUACCUGCUGCUUGUUUUUACUUUACUGGAGGCAGUUUCUGUGGGAACAGCGGUGACCUUCUAUGAAUACUCUACAGUACUUCAAGCAUUGUUCCUGACCUGUGCUGUGUUUACUGGACUAACAAUCUACACGUUCCAGUCCAAGAGAGACUUCAGCAAAAUGGGUGCAGGGCUCUUCGCCUGCCUUUGGAUCCUCAUCAUUGCAAGCUUUAUGAGGUUCUUUUUCAACAGUGACAGUACAGAGUUGGUCCUGGCUGGAGCUGGGGCUCUGGUCUUCUGUGGCUUCAUUAUUUAUGAUACCAACCUGCUGAUGAAGCAGCUCUCACCUGAGGAGCACAUCUUGGCUUCCAUCAACCUCUACCUUGACAUCGUCAACCUCUUCCUGCACAUCCUGCGUGUCCUGGACUCCAUGAAGAAGCACUAAAAGCUUCAGUCACACUGAAAACUGUUGUACUUCGCUCUAACACACUGUUGUGUAUCCUUAAAGCUUCACUGGAAAUCCGUGGUAUGCCUGUGCCGUGAUUGCAAUCUGUUCAUGUGAGUGUUGGUUUCUCAAAGUUCAUCAAAAAAUUGACUUUAGACAAGAUCUGGGGAAUUUAAAGAGCUGUGUAUAGUUGCUGUACUUACUCCAGGUAGCUGCUUUUUCUUCUUCAGCCACAACAUUGAAACCACUUACAGAAGUGCAUAAAGCUGAUGUGUUCUGAUGCUACAGUGUAAAUGUUGGGUCCUGGCUCAUGUGGUUACCAUGGCAUGUACCAUCCACCUGAACACUCAGACCAAGACUUUUUAUCCGAUGCUCAGGGCAAUGGCAAACAACAAAGAACCCAAAGCUUGGAUCUGGCCUCCAGACUUUCCAAAUUCCAGUCUGAUCGAGCAUCCAUGGGAUGCACAGCAACAAAGCUGAUUGACAGAAGCUCCACCCUGCAACCCACAGGAGACAAAGAUUCACUGGCAGUGUCUCUGUGUAAGACUCUGUGUAUGAGAGCCCAGAGGUCCUGUGUCCAUGCCCUGAUGGAUCCAAGCUGUUCCAGUAGCAACACAGCGUUCUAUCAUUACACACUGGUGGUUUGAAUGUUGUGGCCACGAGCACCUUCAGCUGCUGCUCAGAUUUUUGUUGGGGCCAAUUCAUGUUUUCUGUGUUCAUGUGUCCUGAAGGUGCCGUAUGAUGUUCCUGCCUACGUCCAUGUUUGACCACGUGCAUACUGUGCAUGUGCAAAGAAAACCCGAUGGAUACUGGUUUUUAUUCAAGCAUCUGGACAAGAUUUGCUGUUUUCCAAACCUUUCUUAUUUAAUCAUUAUCCGAGUUGUAGUUAAAGGGUUUCUUGCCAGAUUUUGAUGCUUUAAUUUGUUUCCAUCAGUGGCAUGUAAAUAAACUGGGAUGAUUGAAA